GCAUUGCUUGUGGACCAGACUGCUCACUUGGCCUUGCCUGGCUUGAUUUGUCAACUGGUGAAUUUCACCAUGGUCUCUCGCUCCUAGAGAAUUUGGAGGAAGACUUGUCAAGAAUUAAUCCAGCAGAGAACCUGUAUUAAGCUCCCACCAAAAGCUGUUUGCGGUGGGUGAUCACUUAAUAUAGUUGUGACUGUUUCUAGCUAUUUGAGGUUGUGGAACAGUUGUUUGGACACAUUUUUAUGAUACAACAGCAAUGGAUUUAAAUCAGUCAGAGGCUCAAUACAAAGCAACUCUUUAGCAAGUGAACCUCAACACCUUAAGAUGACCAGCAGUUUGCACAUAAAGGUUGUGAUCCUUAUCAGAAGUGAAUAUGUCACAGGUCAAAUGAUAAUACAUCAUUACUAUAGCAUUCAUCAUUACCACAUCCUUAUAGGAUAUUACCAAUAAUGUUCAGGCAUGUUAUCUAAUUAGCAUAAGCUUAAAAUUCUGAUUGGGUAUGGGUUCUGUUCUGUUCUAUAAUACUAUUAGCACUAAAUAAGGCUCUUUAAAGAAUCAUGUACACAAUGGAACUCUUAUUGGGUUGUCCACCUCUAUCUUGUCCUUUAAGAGACCCAAAAGACCAGAGAAUUAAUGAAUGUAUCUCAUCUGUGACAUAACAUUUCAAUGUGUUUAAGUGUGGUUUCACCACCAUUGCCAGUACAACUAAAAUUCAGAUCAGUUCAAGGGGAAUCUUAUCCUUAACCUGGACAAUGAUCUACUCAGAACUGAAAAAAUAUUUUUCAAGGGUUCCAUGUACUUAAAUCCAUUAUCAGGGACAUACAUUAUGUUGGUAAUGAGAAAGUCAGAAUUCUUAAUCUUUUCUUUUUCAAUGUCCUCACUGGAACAGAUUUUAAUGGCUGAAGAACACCUGACAAGUUUAGGUACAAAGCACAAUCAUAAAACAGGGAUAAAUAUCAAAAGGUCCUCCUUAGAGAAUGUGAGGGAUUAUCACCUCACCAUUGUCCCUUCAGACUGGUUCACAGUGGAUUCAUCACAUCAAGAUGGUGCAUUGGCAAGAUUGUUGAAGUCUGUAAACUUUUCACAGUUUUCAUCCUUAGAGAUGGCUGCUGGAUAUUCCCUUCUAAAAUUUGUAUCUUAUACUCAGAGAGACAUUGCUCCCCUUCUCAAUCAACCAUCCAAGUUUUCACUUCAAACCCAUAUGGCAAUAGAUUCAAAUACAAGACGAGCUCUGGAACUGACAAAAUCCUUGGUGGGUACAGACUCAAAAGCUACGCUUUUUGGAGUCAUGAAUAACACUGCAACUGCAUCAGGGCAAAGACUGCUUUAUUCCCGCCUUUGUGCACCCUCAAAUGAUGUUGAUGUGGUACAAAAGAGAUUGAAUGUAGUUGACUUCUUUUGUAUGAACAGGCAUCUUGCUGAGGACAUUCAGAAGGCCUUGAAAUCAUGUCCAGAUGUAGAGCGUAAGAUGCAAAAGGUUGCAACAGGGGCUGCUAGUCUGAGUGACCUUCAUGCCAUAUACAGUGCAAUAGCUCUCUACAAGUAUAUUCUCUUGCUGCUCCAUGAUACAUACUUUAAUGUUAACCUACAAGCUAUUGAGGAGUUGCUGAUGAAGGACUUCAGUUUGCUUGAUGACUUGUACAGAGAGUUGGAUACAGCAGUUGGUAAAGUUGAAUCAGAUCAUACUGUCAUGAAAGGCUACUCCAACAAGGCAGAUGAGAUCAAGGAGAAACUGUGCAAAAAUAUGAAACAAGUUGACAAGUUAAGAGAUGUUUACAGAGUGAGCCUAAAGAUUCCUCGCCUGACUAUCAGCAACCACAAGUCCUUCAUACGAGUUGUAGAAAUACCUUUAAGUCAGAAAAACUCUCUAGGGUGGAACCAAGAUUUUGUUUUUUUGGAAAGUACCAAAGACAAAGCACGCUAUAUUACUUUAAAACUCCAAGAGCUGAAUGCAAAAUGGAAAGCUUUACAAGAAGAAAAUGAGAUUAUUCAGCGGGCAUUGUCUGAUGACCUUUGCAAUCAGGUAACUUCACAUGCUGAAAGUUUAAAGAAAUUGGCUGUUGCAUUGGCAGAGUUGGAUGUGUCCUCUUCUCUGGCAGUUCUCGCUGUUAAACGAGGUUAUGUUAAACCCAUCAUUGGAAAUCAAAAUGAAUUUCUUGUGAAAGGGGGUCGACAUCCGGUUGUAGACAUGCUUCAGCCUAACAGUUUUGUUUGUAAUGAUUGUGACCUGGGCAAAAAGAACCUCUGGAUUAUCACAGGUCCAAAUAUGGGUGGUAAGAGUACAUUUCUUCGUCAAAAUGCAUUGAUAGCCAUUCUUGCACAGGCAGGCUCCUUUGUUCCAGCACAGACCGCAAAGAUAGGUGUUAUUGAUCGUCUAUUUGCACGCAUUGGGGCUACUGAUAAUCUAGUGCAACAUCAAUCUACCUUUAUGUCUGAGAUGCUUGAAACAGCUUUCAUCCUCGCACAAGCCACUGAGAAGUCCUUAGUUGUUGUUGAUGAAAUUGGUCGUGGUACAUCAGUGCUAGAUGGCGUGUCAAUAGCCUGGGCUGUAAUUGAACAUCUUCACAGCUCCAUUAGGUGCAGAACACUAGCCUCGACCCAUUACCAUCAACUGGGUAAACUGGCCCACAUUCUGCCGCAUGUUGACUGUUACCAUGUUACUGCUUUGCACGCCAAAGAUAGGUUAAGUUUCACAUAUAAAGUUAAUCAUGGGUGUGAUCAAAAAUCCUUUGGUAUCGAUGUAGCAAAACUUGCAGGGGUCCCCAUAACAGUUGAGGCUCGUGCGAGGGAAAUUCUCCAGGUUUUAGAGGACAAAGGAAACAGUUUGGAGGUCACUUUGGAAGAGGACAAACUGGUUUCAGAAUCUUGGAAAACACAGAAAGGCAAAGAAAGCUCAAAUACAUCUCCUUUCAUCACAACAAAUGAUUUGCAGGCUGAAAAUGAAAUCACCAGAGUGCUUCUUGAGCUUAAUCCAGAGUUACUUACACCAAAGGACGCUUUAGAAAUAAUAUAUGACCUACAUUUGAAGGCACAGUGUAAAUCCUCCUGAAAGAAUUACUAGUUAUUCUAACUACAUGUUAUUUCUACAAACCGCCACAAAUGGAUACCACAAAACCUUCAAGUGCGUCUUAGGGAGAUGAAGGAUAGGAUAUUCAUUGACAAAUGUAAAGAGGUAAUGCAUCACAAUACCAUGGUAAAAACAGGUGUAGUUGGCUCUGGAGUCCUUCUGACAUUGCCAUCCAUAAAGAGGAAAUAAGAAAUAAGAGCCAAAGCGACAAGGAAUUCUUCAAUCUGCUUCCUCGUAUACUUCAGUGUUUGCCUGGGUGUUUGCAAGUUACAUUUGUUUUUGGUGUGUGGAAAACUUAGUUGAAGUACUAAUGUUCAGGUUGACUUUGAGAAUGAAAUUUGCCAACAGUUGGCAAAAUA